UCCUCAUCGCGGCCUGUCGCGCAUCAGCGUGUGUAGCUGUCCGCCACUGCCCCCCUUACUUUGCCCUGGCUGGGAGGUAAAGAGGCUGCGAGGGAAUGGUGUAGCACGCAGGCCGCUGUGAAACCGCCCCACGGGAAUGUGAAAUCCCCCCCCUGAAGACGCCGUGUCUGCGUGCCCAAAUACGUUUUUACCUGGUUUCUCAUGGAAGCAGAUGGAUUUGUGAGGAGGCGUCGGAUGACAGCGGAGACUACAGGCAGUGAUCCCGGGGUCGCUGGUGCAUCUGCCGGGGCAGAAGUUCGAUGGCUGGGGGGCAGAUUCUGGGGAGUUUCGGAAAGUAUCGUGGGAAGCCUGACACCUCGGAUUGGAGGGGAAACGGAGCUACAAACUGUUGAUUUCACCCGCAGUGCACAAGAUGCACAAACAGAGGACACUGAACCAGACUAUGAGGGUUUGCCACAGGGAGCCUCCACUAGCACCCACAUGUUGGCUGGAUCCGUGGCUGGGAUCAUGGAGCAUUGCCUCAUGUUCCCCAUCGACUGUGUCAAGACGCGCAUGCAGAGCCUACAGCCCGACCCCGCAGCCCGCUACAGGAACGUCAUGGAUGCUCUUCGCCGAAUUGUUGCCACGGAGGGAGUCUGGCGGCCAAUGAGGGGGCUGAAUGCAACCGCAGUCGGGGCAGGACCUGCCCAUGCCCUCUAUUUUGCCAGCUAUGAGAAACUCAAAAAGACUCUAAGUGAUGUCAUUCACCCAGGGGCUAACAGCCAUUUGGCUAAUGGAACAGCUGGGUGUGCGGCAACACUGCUUCACGACGCAAUCAUGAACCCAACCGAAGUUGUGAAGCAGCGCAUGCAGAUGUACAAUUCGCCGUACCGCGGCGUGAUGGACUGUGUACGCGCCGUGUGGCACAAAGAGGGCCCGGCCGCGUUCUACCGCAGCUACACCACCCAGCUCACCAUGAACGUGCCCUUCCAGGCGCUCCACUUCAUGACCUAUGAGUAUCUCCAGGAGCUGCUGAACCCCCACAGACAGUACAACCCCUCGUCCCACAUGUUGUCCGGAGCCUUGGCCGGGGCCAUCGCGGCUGCGACCACCACACCGCUGGACGUGUGCAAGACCCUGCUCAACACCCAGGAGUCUCUGGCGCUCAGCUCCCUGUCUUCUGGCCAAGGCCAAGGAGCCCACAGACACAUCUCGGGCCUGGCCCACGCCUUCAGGACGGUUUACAGGCUGGGCGGCCUGAAGGGCUUCUUCAAGGGGGUGCAGGCGAGGAUCAUCUACCAGAUGCCCUCCACGGCCAUCAGCUGGUCCGUCUACGAGUUCUUCAAAUACGGACUCACCAAGCACCAGCACGACAAGAGGAGAACGCAGCACGUGGAGGCGGAGAUCUAGAUGUCGCUUCUGGUGUCAUUCAGUCCUUGAUGUGGUGAAGUCAAUACGCACACAGAAUCUGACUCAAAUCAUCCUCAGUUGUCCCAUGCUUUACAGACAUAGGAGAAUAAGAAAAGGAGAUAGGAAGAUAAGAAAGGCCUCUUCAAAGAUUGUUUUGAGUAGUUUCAUUUCUGCCAAGCCACUAAUUCAAAACUAGGUGUGGUUUGAGUUACGUUGUUUCAGAAAACAUCUGUACACUAUUAAAGAAGUAGUUCAUCUUAAAAGCUGUUCUAGGGACCACAACGUUUGUCUAAUUGUCAAGAACGUGUGAGUUGGAAAAGUCGUCAGCAGAGGGCGGUAGUGUUACUUUGUUAACUUUCUUGUAGAUUGAUAAACUUUGCUCUCCUAGAGCCAGUUUUCUGCCCCAUCCAAGCCAUGAUUUUGCAAAUAAAAUUUAAACUCCUGAUCAGAUCCCCCUCUUUUCUCUCAAUAAACCCUUUUUUAAUAUCUUGCAUUCUAUUCUCCCAGUAAUCCAAGACAAGGUCACGGUGGGCGACACACAGUCAUUCUGUCUUUUAUGAAAUGUAUCUUUAGAUUUGAUCCAGUUUUGAAGUGUUUAAGCCAUUUGGAUAAAAAGAACAAAUUGACCCAGACUGACAACAUAUUGUUGCAUACAUUCAUUUCCCGUCAUGGAUCACUUUCAGAUACUUCUCUGUUUGAGGUGAAAUGAAACCCUUCCAACCUUGUAAAGGAGAAGACCAACUUUUGUAUCUUGAUCAAUUGAACCGUGUUAUUUCAAAUGUAGUCCAGUCGUAUUUAAGUUUGAGUUUAAUGGCUUAACACAAAGAGACCAGAUUUGGAGCCCCCUUUUUUAUUUUGCUAUUGAAACUUUAAAUAUAAAUAAAUCUUUCAAAUGUCAAUAUCCAACAUUAUUCCCUAUAAAAUUAUUGGCCAGAAAAUACAAAUAUUAAUUUUAUCUUGAGUAAUUUAUUUUUAAUGAUUUUGCUUCUUUAAAUUGUGUUUUAUUUCCAGCAAAUAUAUUGCUUUAAACUGUCCCUUUUAGUCUGACCCACCCUCCUGUUUAUCUGUUCAAUCCCCCCUUGGAUCAUCCAAAUACACACCAUUAAUGCCUUGCUUACAUGUUUGGCAGAGCAAACCAGGGCACCAUUAAAAUGGCCAUUUCUGUGCAUUAACUCAAACUAUCAGCCUGUGAACUACUCACUCCUCCCAUCUGUUCUUGACGGCAAAGGUUGUGUUUAUCCUACUGUGCCCAAAAGUAAUUGAGUAUACCAAAAGAUAUGCAUCUUUACCCCCAUUGAGUACACAUAAAUGGAAGCUGUCAUUCUUAUUGAUUGAAGUCUGUUUCUGACACUGAAUUGCACUUGAUGAAUAAAGACUGAGCGGUGGAUCUCUACUCACUGGUCAUAAAUGAUGGGA